GGAUAAAAAGAAGUUGCGGAGCGGAGCAGAGGCAUUGGCAAUGGAGAAGCUGGCUUCUUCAACUGCAACUGUUCCCACGCAACACUUCCUCUUUCAACUUCAACACUCUCUCUUUCCCGUUUGCGCCUUCGCUACCUUCCACCGGAGCCGCACCGAAUCCCUCUCCCACCUCUCUUCCAGAACCAGACACCGUCGCUUCCAAGCAUUCCACGCCAAACAAGACCAGCUCUGGGUCGGCGAAGAAGAGUUGCAACUACAAUUAAAGGAAGCAGCAGAAGAAGAACAAGAUUCGUAUUUGGACGAUGAAGACUCGUCUUUCUUGUCCCUCAGCGACAAGCCCGACCGGAACAUGGCCUUGCUCGACGAUUACGAGACCGAGGAGCUCGACUUCGAUACCGGCCCUGACCACCGGAGCGGAUAUGUGGCGUUACUUGGGAAGCCAAAUGUCGGGAAGAGUACACUGGCGAACCAAAUGCUUGGUCAAAAGUUGUCAAUAGUUACUGAUAAACCUCAAACAACCCGGCAUCGAAUUCUGUGUAUUUGUUCUGGCACGGAUUACCAGAUGAUACUUUAUGACACACCUGGUGUUCUACAGAAGGAAAUGCACAUGUUAGACUCAAUGAUGAUGAAAAAUGUUCGCAGUGCAGCAGUUAAUGCUGACUGUGUAUUGGUUCUUGUGGACGCACGUAAAGCUCCUGAAAAAAUUGAUGGAUUGUUGGAAGAAGGAGUAGGAGACCUCAAAGAUAAACCACCCACUCUAUUGAUUAUAAACAAGAAGGAUCUUGUUAAACCUGGCGAACUUGCAAAGAAACUUGAGUGGUAUGAGAAAUUUACGGAUGUUGAUGAGGUUAUACCUGUUAGUGCAAAAUAUGGUCAGGGAGUUGAAGAUGUAAAGGACUGGAUACUGUCAAAGAUUCCCAAUGGACCAGCUUAUUAUCCAAAGGAUAUAGUCAGUGAGCAUCCAGAAAGAUUUUUUGUGGCUGAAAUUGUUAGAGAAAAGAUUUUUAUACAGUACCGAAAUGAAAUUCCAUACGCAUGUCAGGUAAAUGUUGUAAACUACAAAGCUCGGCCAAAUGCAAAAGAUUACAUACAAGUAGAGAUUUUGGUUGAGAAAAACUCGCAGAAGAUUAUCAUUAUUGGAAAAGAAGGAAAGGCUUUGAAACUGCUUGCAAUGGCUGCUCGCCUUGAUGUUGAAGAUUUUUUACAGAAGAAAGUUUAUCUUGAGAUUGAAGUAAAGGUUAGAGAAAAUUGGCGACAAGAUGAAGGGCUUCUAAAGCACUAUGGUUAUGGGGGUCAGAUACGUGUUAUAUAACGUGAAGAUGGCAAAACAAAAAAGUUCAUCAGACAUCGUGUAUAAUAUGUAAGUUUAGAUCCCACGGUUGCCAUAAAAACUUGAACUGUAUAUGAUUUUGGCUGACACUAACCCUCUUCCGUUACUUGUAGGCCUGUCAAAUGAUCCCUAUUUGGUAAAAAUGUGAAUUAAAAAUAUUUUGAAUGGAAAAUUUAAGAUAUGGAAGCAAUUUUCACAUUAGCUUCUCU